GAAUUCAAGCCUUAAUUGUCAUGGCUGAACAAGAAGGUGGAAAUGGGUCCCCAAAAGCUUCAUCUUUGACCCCUUAUGAAGAAGCAUUGGAUGCUCUGUCAUCUUUAAUCACUAGGCGCACUCGUGCUGAUAGUAGCAAUAUGGGGGAUCAGUUUAGUCAUCUUUUUGAGUACCUAAAGAUGCUUGAUUUGGAGGAAGCUAUUUCAAAUAUGAAGAUUAUCCAUGUUGCUGGCACCAAAGGAAAGGGAUCUACAUGCACUUUUGCUGAAUCUAUAUUACGUAACUGUGGCUUUCGCACUGGCCUUUUCACUUCUCCCCACCUCAUUGAUAUCCGAGAAAGAUUUCGUUUAGAUGGUAUGGAAAUUUGUAAAGAGAAGUUUUUAGCAUAUUUCUGGUGGUGUUAUGAUAGAUUAAAGGAGAAAACUGAUGAUAAUAUUCCAAUGCCUCCCUAUUUUCGCUUCCUUGCUUUACUUGCCUUCAAGAUAUUUGCAGCAGAACAGGUAGAUGUUGCAAUAAUGGAGGUUGGAUUAGGUGGAAAGUAUGAUGCAACAAAUGUGGUUCGAGAACCUGUUGUUUGUGGUAUAACUUCCCUAGGGUAUGACCACAUGGAGAUUCUUGGGAAUACUCUUGGAGAAAUUGCUGGUGAGAAGGCUGGUAUAUUUAAGGAUCAAAUCCCAGCUUUUACGGUGCCUCAGCCUGACGAAGCAAUGCGUGUGCUUGAGGAGAAGGCUUCUCAAUUGAAUGUACCCCUUCAAGUUGUAACCCCAUUAGAGCCGAGUUUGCUAAAUGGUUUAAGACUUGGUCUUGAAGGGGAGCACCAAUAUCUGAAUGCCGGUCUUGCUGUCGCACUGUGCUCGACAUGGUUGAAAAGGACUGGCCAUCUUGGAGACGCUAAUUUGGAGCAAUCCAAGAACACUUUGCCGGAGCAAUUCGUAAAAGGGUUAACAAGUGCGAGUUUGCAAGGAAGGGCUCAGAUUGUUCCUGAUCAACUCAUCAACAAUGAUAGAUCAAACGAUCUUGUCUUCUUUUUAGACGGGGCUCAUAGUCCUGAAAGCAUGGAAAUAUGUGCACGUUGGUUUUCUCUUGCCAUUAAAGAAUACAACCCGGAUCAAACCUUGUUUACUCAGCAACCAGAUAGUUCUAAGUUCUCACUUGAAGUAGUGAAGAUGCACCAUGGCGACAGAAAAUCCACUCAGAUAUUGCUAUUCAAUUGCUUGACUGUACGAGAUCCGGAUUUGCUUCUUCCUCGCUUGAUGAAAACAUGUGCUGAUCAUGGUGUCUACUUCAAGAAGGCCCUCUUCGUUCCAAGUGUAUCUGUAUAUAACAAAGUUGGAUCCCAGGCUAUGGCACCAAUUGAUUCGAAUGUUGAUCUGUCAUGGCAGUUAACUCUCCAGAGAGUGUGGGAAAAUCUUAUGCAAGUCAACAAAGGCAAAAUUACGGAUGUAGCCUCUGAAGAACUAAAAGAAGAUAUGGAAAUGAGUGCUAGUAAUUGUGAACAUAGUGCAGUGUUUCCGUCAUUGCCGGUGGCUCUCAAAUGGCUUAGAGACAGAGUGCAACAAAAUCAGUCGGUUCGUUUUCAGGUCCUUGUGACUGGUUCUUUACAUCUUGUUGGUGAUGUGCUGAAAUUAGUCAAGAAGUGAUUCAUUGGAUGAAUUUGAAGGCUUCCUUCAAAGUUAUUUCUAAAUACAUGUGGUGUUAAUAUUCAAGAUGAGUUCUCUCUGGAGUUAACACUGAUUGAAGUGAUAUUGAUAUUUUGUUGCCAAGAACAAAAAUGAUACAUCCAAGUCCAUUGGUUCAUCCUCAGGAUGGUGACUUUCUUGCUGCUCCAUUUCCAUACUUGAUACUUAAAAAAAAAAAAAAAGAGAAACACAU